AUGGACGCCUUAGGAAGCUCAGAAGAUAUAUCGCGGCAGUCUGAACCAGGAUACGAGGCUGUGAUCGCACCCGGGACAUUCGAGUCCGAUUUUGGAGAAGGCUCGGACGCCGCAGUACCGACGCCCGCAGACGUAGUAGUAGUAGAGUUCAGAUUCCCCGGUACGACUACGUUCAUGGCGACAGAGCUCCUGGAGUACAUGAUAGGGCCCUGCCGUUUCAAACAGACUGUUGUGCACGGAGUGCGUCACGAUCUCGAGUCCGUCUACUGGACCUUCCUAUGCACCGUCUACCGACGCAUUCAACGGGACAUCAACCGUCUCCGCUCUUGCUGGGACGAUUCCGGCGAGCUGCCCGAGCUCGAUAACGAACUACGUGCUCUGUUCGCGAGUCCCGAUGUCGCGCACCUUAUCCUCGCCAGGGAUUUAGCCUUCUAUUCCUACUGCAUCAGGGAGUUACUGGUAUGCAUCGACUCGCAGGACUCCGUUCUGGUGCGGCUGCUACGGCUUGUAUGGAUCUUGCUCCAAAGGUGCCAGCCCACGGUCGUACAGGCCUUUGUGGAUCCAGAUCUAGAUGAGAGCGAUAGAUCUCUUUUGGAGAGAAUCACGGGUGAAUCCCUCCCGCGGGAAUCGACCGUCACGCCGAGCGCAUAUGCGCUCGCAUUGGACCACGACAAGCACGUGAAGUUGUUUGAGCACAUAUUGCAGGUUAUUGCGGAGAACGCGCAGCGUGCAGCUGAGGCGACCGAUGCAAGUUCGUCUUGUCCAUCGUGA